AUGCCGGUUCGCGAGUCGCCUUCGCACACGCGGUUCGUAGGCGACACGCACCAACGCCUUAGCGACGUCGGUUUGACCGACAUGGAGCAGAAUGACGAUGUAUAUCCGACGUCAAAAGAAGCAAAGUAA